CUUUCGUUGCGGGUAGUCGAGUGAGUGAAGUCAAAGAAGUGGAUAGUUUUGGGUUUCACAGCACGACUGAUUUUGAAAGGAUCAUUAGGCGACUUAAUAURGGAAUGGUUUGAAAAGUACUUUCGCUGGACAUUGACUUGUUCCAAAUUCAUACUCACUCAUUCUUCCUGUUGCUUGGGCAUCCUGUGCUAUUAUGAAUUUGAGUGCAAGUGCUUUCUGAGGAACAAGAUCUGCAAAAGAGGGUAGAAAARUGAACAAGACUUAGUUCCUUCCUCAGCUCUAUAUUAAAUUAGAGAUAAGCAAACAGUCUUUUAUCUGUCAAGAACAUAACAAAUGGGAAUUCAACAAAUACAUGCAGUAAAAGGACUGGUCUAGUUUAUGAUGAUCGAAUGACAAAGCAUGUUAACAUUUGGGAUAAAAACCAUUCUGAAGUCCCAGAGAGAAUAUCAAGACCAUAUAAAAAACAUAUUGAGUAUGGUUUGUUAGAAAGAUGCUAUCAAAUUCCCUCAAGAUCUGCUACUGAAGAGGAACUCAUGACUUUUCACAGUUCUGCUCACAUCAACAAGAUGAAAAGCACAAAAGAUAUGAAAUCAAGGGAAUUAUUUCAACUGGGAGAAGAAUAUGACUCCAUUUAUAUGAGUGAGGAUGUCUAUGAAUGUGCACUAUUGGCGUGUGGGUGUACGUUGGAAGCAGUGGAGCAUGUCRCAACCAAUAAGGUUCAAAAUGCUGUUGCUAUUGUAAGGCCUCCUGGCCAUCAUGCAGAUGUGGACUUUGCCAUGGGUUACUGUUAUUUUAAUAAUGUUGCAAUAGCUGCAAAGAUCGCACAAAGAAAAUGGGGAAUGAACAGAAUUUUAAUUGUAGAUUGGGAUAUUCAYCAUGGUAAUGGCACUCAAAGUCUCUUUGAAUCAGAUCCAAGUGUCCUGUACUUCUCUAUUCAUGAAUAUCAUCACGGCAAGUUUUAUCCAUCUUCCACUAUAGCUAACCAYGAUGURGUUGGAACUGGGAAAGGCCAGGGYUUUAAYGUUAAUGUUCCUUGGAAUAAGUUUCACAUGGGUGACGCUGACUACUUGGCUGUAUUUCAACAUGUGCUGCUGCCCAUAGCACAUGAGUUUGAUCCAGAUAUUGUGCUAGUGUCAGCUGGCUUUGAUUCUGCAAGAGGAGAUCCAAAGGGCCUUUGUGAUGUCAGCCCAGAAGGCUACUGCCAGUUAACCAAUAUGUUGAUGGGACUUGCAGGAGGCAAAGUUGUCGUUAUUUUAGAGGGUGGGUACAACCUCACUUCAGUAGAGGAGUCAAUGUGCAGUUGUACAUCAACUCUUCUUGGUGACCCAUGUCCAAGACUUGAUGGAAAUCAAGUCCCUUGUAAAAGUGCUAUGGAGUCUAUCAGAGAUGUUGUUAAUAGUCACAAGCCUUUCUGGAAAGCUUUGGAGUUUGUCAAUAUUGUAAUUCCUGUUGAGGAUGAUAAAACUCAUGAUUGCACUUCAGGAAAAAAGGAAAAUGAAAAUACCUCUGAUUUGGAAGAUAAUGGUGAUGCGAACCAGUCACAUGAAAAACAUCCGGACAAGUUGCAUUCGUAACAAUCUUAAAAUAUAUCAAAAAAUUCAUUUCGUUUCCAAACACUUCUAAUUUUACUGUAUUCUUAAGGAUUGCAAAUAAAAUAGUUUUAAACAUAAA